AUGUGGCGCCGCGCCCUCGGCAGCUUCACGGCGCAGGCCGGCGCGUCGGCGGCGCUCAUCGCCCUGCCCGAGGGCAUCCGCGACGACGUGCCGCUCGGCGUGGCGCUCGGCGCGACCUACGUCUCCGGCGCCGGCGCGUUCUACGCGCUCGGCGGCGCGGGCCCGUCGAUCGCGGCGCGUCUCGGCUGGUACGGCCUCUGGUGCGGCCCCGUCGGCGGGUCGCUCGCGAUGGGCGUGAGCGCGAUGACCGCGAGCUACUUGAUGCAGCCGGGGAGCCCGCUGAGCGCCGAGGGCGCGGGCAAGUUCGCGGCGGCCCUGGAGGCGUCGGCGCCGGCGGGCUUCGCGGGCGAGCGGUUCCUGCCGCCGGCGACCGUCGCCCACUUCUGGCACGAGUGCCUCGCGGCCGCGCGCGACGAGAGCGGCCUCGUCACGGCCGCGUCGCUCGCGAAAGCGGACGCGGCGGGCUGCGGGCCCUGGGCGACGACGAUCGCCGCGCUGCAGGCGCGGCCCGCCGUGCUCGAGGCCGUCGUCGCCGCGGCCCAAUCGCGCGCCGCGGCCUUCGAGGAGCCGGGCCUCACGCCGGAGGCCGUCUGCUUUUCGCUCUUGGAGCUCCAGAAGGCGUCCGAGGGCGACGGCGCGACGGCGACGGACGUCGUCUGGGCGCUCCUCGCCGCCGCGCCCGUGGACCCGCCGCCCGCGGCGGCCGCGCCGGCGGCGGCGACGGCCGCCGUGCCGACGUUCGUCGCCGCGAAGACGUACGGCGGACGGCGGCCGGGCUACUGUUUUCGCACGGGCGACGCGGGGGGGCUCGGCUACUACCUCGACUUUCCCUACCAGCCCCUGCCCAAGGGCUUCGCGCCGCUGCCCGCGCACGCGCUGCCCGACGCGACGGCGGCGGCCGGCGACGCCGUCUCCGCGGCGCAGCUCGCGUGGUGGGUCCGCGAGGCGCGCGCGGCCACGCCCCGCGCCUUCGAGGGCGACGACAUCACGGCGCGGCCGGGCUGGUUCGGCGAGCGCGUCUACCGGUCCACGGCGCCGGCCGACAUGGCGCGCGCGGCGCUCGGCGACCGGGACGUCGUCUCGCGCGCCGCGGACCCGCGCGGCGCGCGCGCCGCGGCGCUCCACGUCGCGAACCAGCUCGCCGUCGCCGCCGGCGCCGCGGCGGCGAAGCACCCGGCGACGCUCGCGCCCGCCGCCGUCUGCCACGCGCUCCUCCAGGACAAGAUCCUCGCGGCCGUGCCCGUCGCCGUGGAGGAGGGGGAGAUUAAGAAGUAG